UGUGUCUACCUGUCCGAAUUCCGCAGGAACUCAAUAUUCAUCUUCCGUCGGCGCCCGCUCCGUGCUUAAACCCUGAAGGAAGACUCAAAGAGAAGAGACUCCUGCCGCGAGAAUGGCGAAUGUGCUGCUGGCUAAUGGCUUCGACAGGAACGUGAUGGUGGCGAUCGAUGAGAGCGACUACAGCCACUACGCGCUUAUGUGGGCGCUCGACAACCUCAAGGAGUCCGUCGAGCGGUCCACGCUCCUCAUCUUCAUGGCUCACCCUCCUCCUCGGCCCGUCAGCACUUUCCAAGCCUCCCUCAGCUCUGCUCGCGUGUAUUGCUCUGUUUCACCCACUCCGGACCUUGUCAAGUCUGUCGAAGCAAACAACAAGAAGCUCACUUCGGCCUACUUGGACAAAGCCAAGGAGAUUUGUGCUAACCGAGGGGUAAGGGCUGAAACAAUUGCAGAUGUCGGGGAUCCUAAAGUGGCCAUAUGCGAUGCUGUUCUAAAGUACAACGUUAGUCUUCUCGUUAUGGGGGAGCGUGGAAUUGGAAAGAUAAGAAGGGCUCUAAUCGGAGUGUGAGCAACUACUGUGUUCAAUAUGCCAAAUGCCCAGUGCUUGUGGUGAGGAAACCAGAAUAGAGGAUAGUGAGCGAUGGGAAUUAGAAGACGACAGCUUAUGGAUAGGAGGAUUGCCGGUCACAGUUUGGCCCUUUUCCUUUCUUUGCUCAGAGUUCAAUGUAUGACUGACCUAUAUCUCGAACCUCAUCGGAAGUUUUUCCGCUAAGUUUAUCCAAAUACUUAUACGCAGCGAUGAUUGCUCUUCAGGCAGGGCCAAUGACACGGCACCCUUUGUUCGCUUUUCUUUGGCUGCUGGCCGAGAUAACUGGCGACUGCUCUUGUUCUUUCUUCUAUUCGCAUAUGGCAAAUGGCAAAAGUUCUUAA